CAGCUCACAGCAUAGUGUGAUGGAGCAGACCAUGGAUCCUGGUCCUUUUAAUAAAUCAGUCCUUGUGGAGCAGGAGCUUCACAAAUCUGAAGCAAUAUUUGUUGGGAAGGUCUACAAGCCUAUUAGAUUUAUCGAACAUGGCACAAGACUUAACCAAUGGGAGGUGAAGCAUGUGGGAAUGCUUGCACUAUUGCAGCGAGCUGGAUUUUAUCACCUGUCUUUCUUGAAGAGGGUUCAGUUGGACCAUGCUUUGUUAAAUGCUUUGGUCGAAAGGUGGCGGCGUGAAACGCAGACCUUCCACUUGCGAUUCGGUGAGAUGGCAGUGCUCUUGAAGGAUGUGGCAAUUCUUACUGGACUUCGUGUACAUGGUACUCCCGUCACUGGUGCAACAGGCUGUCGUUGGGAACAAUUGUGCCUAGAGCUGCUAGGCCAAGAACCUCCACAGAUAAAAGGUGGUUCUAUCAAUAUUGCAUGGCUGUAUGACACUUUUAGGAACUUGCCAGAAGGUGCAAAUCAGUUAGAAAUUGAGCAUGCUACAAGAGCCUACAUAAUGUACCAAAUUGGCUGCAGCUUAUUUCCUGAUCCUAGUGGAACUCGGGUGCACUUAAGGUACCUGGCACUGCUUGGUGAUUUUGAUGCCUCAGGGGAGAUGGCAUGGGGUGCUGCUGUUCUUGCUCACCUCUACAGAGAACUUGGAAAGGCCAGCAUGAAGGGCAAGGCUAACUGCUGCGCGUUUCUCACUCUUCUUCAGUUAUGGGCAUGGGAGCAUAUCCAGAUAGGUCGUCCUGAGCGACUGGAGAAUAAGGCUCUAACCAGUGAUCAGCCCCUUGGAUGCAGAUGGGACGUAUCCUUCAAGAACCGUGAAAAUGUCCGGUCCAUGGACCAUGAAUUUUACAGACAUGGGCUCGAUACUAUAGAAGAUUGUCAGAUUACAUGGGAUCCGUAUACGCCAAGUCUGAUCGGUGGCCUGCCUGUUCUAUGCACACUUGGAUCUGCAGUCUGGCGAUCAAGGACUCCAUUAAUCUGCUUCCAAAUAGUGGAAAUGCAUGUGCCUGAUCGUGUCUUACUACAAUUUGGAAUGGUGCAGCACAUUCCAGACCCAGUUGAGGCAGUUGAGCGUGUUACGAUGCAGGGUAAAACAGAUGAGGAUUGGUCUGCUUAUCAUGAGAAGUACAUUAAGCAAUGGGAUAAUAGUCUCCUUUCAGUUGCUGGCCAGCAGAAUACCGUGAGUUCAGAUCCUACUCAUGCAAGGAAUUGUUACUUAGAAUGGUACUGGCAAAUUACACGUCGAUGGAUCUCCACUCCAGUUGAGUGUCCAGUCAUAUCCUAUUCCUAUCAAUUAUCUGGGCACAGUGAGAAAGCUCUGAUAGAUCUGCUAAGUACGGUGCAGGGACGAAUUAGAGCAUUGUUAUCAGGUGAAAUCAAUGGGCAGAGGGUCAAAGAAUCACUUGAUGAUAUUGAUAUGUAUAUUACUGCUGAAAUGGAGAAGGCGCAGUUUGCUGUCACACCAUGCACUAGUGAACCAAGCCACCUGACCUACAAGCGGCAACACAUGGUUCUGUCCUCAACUCCAUUGCAGGUUAUGCAAACUGAUGUUCCAUUUGAAAUGGAAAAUGGGACUGUUAAAUCAGCCACAGCCACGACCUGUUCAACUUCUGUUGAUUCUGUUCAAGCUACUGUUACAAAGGUGGAACGAGUUACUGAUGAUUACGUGGAGGGAAAUACCAUACUGCAAUUGGACGAAAUGAGGGGAAUUCAACCUGCAGCAGGAACACCUGUAGGGUCUUCUCCAACAGGAGAUGGCACCAGCAACUGGACUGAGGAUGUGCAUCUGCAAGACGAUCCCCUUGCUGUGCACAUGACAGAAGUCAAUCUGCGGGACAUCAUCAGCACGCCUGUAGAGGAUGCUGCAACUGAAAUUAUGAGUACGUCUGCAGAGGAUGCUAUGCUGGAUGAGACUUCAGAUGCAGGAAUGAAGACGGGAGAAGGUCAUCGCCUAACUGCCUAUCUGCCCACUGAAACUGUGGAAAUGCUGGAGGGUCUUGAACCUAUGGAUAACAAUAAGAUCCAGAAGAAGGUUAAUCAUGACCCACAGGAGAGAGCUGAUGCACCUGUGAUUAACAAUGUAGUUGAAGAGACCGAUCAUGUAUUCAUGAAGGAUAAUGACAUGGAGGCCAUUCGUAUUAAUACUGAUAGCAUUGCAGGACAGGGAACUGUGAUCGAACCAUCCGAUACUGCAGAACUUUACAAGAUUGGUGUAUCUUCACAUGAUGAUGUGGAGGAUGAUAAAAUCGAUGACAUUGUGAACAUCAUAUCAGACAAUAGAGGUCAGGGGGAGGGUCUUGGUCAGGGGGCGAUUGGUGAGCCUUUGAAUGCCACUGGAUUUGGAGAUACCUUGAGUCCAUAUGUGAACAAUUUAAGUUCGAUGCAAGGAGAUGCUGAACCUCCAUCAGGUUCUGAACAUGAAGAACCAGCUGUUGCAGUGCCAGGGUGCAGUGAGCUGCAAGAUUCUGUUCGGUUACAGCCUAAAGACGAAGUUGUUCAGAACAGAGUUGAUGAAGCACAAAACCUUAUCUCGGGAGAGAAUGUUGCUGGCCAAAUUGAGAAUGUCACUUUGGACCCUGUGGUUCUGCAAAAAAUUGUUGACAUGCCUGCACAUAUCACUAUAGUUGGAGAGAAGCAUGUUAAUUUAGUCGCUGGAGAAGCAACCGAUACACUGGUGAAAGAGCAAUCCCCUGGUGAUUGUUACCCAGAUCAGGCGGAAAUACCCAAAAGGAGGAAAUUGACCGUGCAGGAAAAUGCGGAGGCUCCACUAACCACAGAGAUCACCAAAAUUGUUGGAAAUGCAAAAACUGAGGAGCAAAGUUGUCAGUAUGUUAGGAGUGGCCGUGGCCAGUUGAUAGCAUUCACAAGAAGGAAGAAAGCAACUGUCCAGCCAUCUCCUGAUCUCCAUGACUCCUGAUCCUGUUAUUUAUUUGAAGUACUAAUAUUUUUGGAGGUUGGUUUUAUUUAUGUCUGGUUUGGUGUAGAGAUCCAUAUGGAUUAUGGAAACUAUUUUGUUACCAUAUUUGUAAUACUAAAAUGUACUAAUAUGUACAAUAUUCUCUAUUAUUGGUCCUUCCUGCCUGUCAAGUGUAUGA